CGUCACACGUCACUGGCCAACCGACCGGCGAGACGAGCAAGGAUGCGUACAGCCGGCAUAGCCCUACUAGCUGCAGGCUUCGUAGCCGGACAGCAGCAGCAAUUCACCUUUGAUGCUGGAUCGCUGCGAAGGCUGCCUUCUCAGCUUCGACUCGAACAUGCCGCUGCCAAAGGCGCCGAUUCACUCUUGUCCAUCUUGCCCAAGCCCGUCAGCGAGGCUGUCUCGACCGGCCGACAGAGCAUCACUCGAGAAGCUAGGGCACUGCUCGACUCGGCCACCUAUCUCAUCGACAACGUCGUAGAUCGCACGCUAUCGUCUGUAUCGUCAUCGAGCGCUUCGGCCUCGCUCGAUAAGCUUCUAGCGAGCGAUGAGCUCGGCGAUCUCUUCGAGACCAUCGGACACUCCACCGAAUCUGCACUCAACGCCAUCAUGUCCAACGCAAACAAAGGCUUGCGCGCAUCUCACCGCGACAUGACGCCAGGCUUCCAUACGAUCGUUCACCCUGACCCCAAGUUUGCUCAGUACAAGGUCAGAUUCCAGGAACCGACGAUCUGUGACGACACUGUCCAACAGUACUCUGGCUAUCUCGACAUCUCUGACACCAAGCAUCUGUUCUUCUGGUUCUUCGAGUCUCGCAGCAGUCCAUCUACUGAUCCUAUGGUACUCUGGCUCAAUGGAGGUCCUGGAUGCUCCUCUUCGACUGGCCUGCUGUUCGAACUUGGCCCAUGUAACGUUCGUGAGGGCGGCGAGAAGCUCGAAUACAACCCCUCGAGCUGGAACAGCAAGGCGAACGUACUCUUUGUCGACUCGCCCGUUCAAGUCGGCUACAGCUGGUCUGAGCAAGGCGACAGUGUCAACAACUCGCCUCAGACGGCCGAAGAUCUCUAUGCCUUGCUGCAGCUGUUCUUCCACGAAUUUGAGGCUUAUGCCAGCUUGCCGUUCACCGUCGCAGCAGAGUCGUACGGUGGCAUAUACGCCCCCAAUGUCGCCUCGUACAUCCAUAAGAAGAACCUGGAGCUCACAAAGGGACUUCGAUCUGCAGCUGCAUCCAACAGGCGCAUCAACCUCGAUACCGUCAUGAUCGGCAACGGUUUGACCGAUGCCCUGUAUCAGAUGCCUGCAGUCGAGACCUACGGCUGCGAGGAGAAGAGUCUCUUCUCGCCUUCGACUUGCGAAAGCCUCAAAUCAAAGGGUCAAACGUGCGCCAAGCUCGUCCAAGCCUGCCGCGAUUCCGGCUCGCGCUUCAGAUGCAUCCCUGCCAAUUUAUACUGCUGGUCGAACAUGUACGGUCCCUUCCAGGAUACGGGUCUCAACCCAUAUGAUGUCCGAAAGAAAUGUGACCGCAAUGGCGAGGAUGGCCCUCUCUGCUACAAGGAGAUGCAAUGGAUCGAAGUCUUCCUCAACAAGCCAGAAACCAAGAAAGCGCUCGGCGUUCCCACCAAGCUCGAAUUCCAAUCCUGCAAUAUGGACGUCAACCGAGCUUUCCAGUUCCAAGGCGAUUCGAUGUUUGAUGCUGGUGCGCUGCUCGUACCUUUGCUUAAGGAUGGCAUCCGUGUCAUCGAAUACGAUGGCGUCGAAGACUUCAUGUGCAACUGGGUCGGCAACGAGAUCUGGAUGAAUCACCUCGAAUCGCCCUUCACGAAGGAGUUCGCAGCUUCAAAGGCAAAGUCUUUUGUCACUCUCGAAGGCAAGAAAGCAGGCACAGUCAGACAGGCAGGACCAGGUGCAGGCAAUUACACAUUCGUACGACUGUUCGAUGCUGGCCACAUGGUCCCUUUCAAUCUGCCAGCCGAGUCUCUCGACAUGUUCAAUCGUUGGCUCGCCAACAUCCCGCUCCACUAAAGCAUGCAGAUGCGCACCUUUCGGCUUUCCCUCAUUUGUAGUGUCCAAUGCACUUUUCAAUCGCACCCCAUGA